AUGGCAGACUCGGUAACGACCUUGGAAUACAAAGGCCGGGUCGCCGUCCUCACUAUUCAGAAUGAGGCCAAGUUGAACGCUCUGAAUCAACAACAAUAUUACGACAUUGCAAAGAAACUGCGCGAGAUUGCGACUCACGAUGAGGUGUACAUCACCGUCCUCUUGGGCAAGGGACGCUUCUUCUCCGCCGGCGCCGACGUCUCCAUCAGCAGGGACAACCCCGAGGGCGACACCGACGUGCGCAAGCAUUGGAUGGGCUCCUUCGUCGCCAACAACCUCAACAUCACGCACGCCUUCUACACGCACCCCAAGAUCCUCGUCGUGGGUCUCAACGGUCCCGUCAUCGGGCUCUCUGCCGCCCUCAUCGCCCACGCCGACUUCAUCUACUGCACGCCGCACACGUUCCUCCUGACCCCCUUUAGCUCCAUCGGCCUGGUCGCCGAGGGCGGCGCGUCGCGCGCCCUCGUGUUGCGGCUGGGCUACGCCAAGGCGAACGAGGCCCUCAUCAUGAGCAAGCGGAUCCAGGCCAGCGAGCUGAAGGAGGCUGGGUUCGUGAACGCCAUCUUCGAGACGGGCACCGGUAAGGGGGAGGAUGAGAGGUUCAACGCCAUGGUGCUGAAGGAGAUUGACGAGAGGCUGGGCUCUCAUCUGGAAGGCGAUAGCUUGCUGGGGAUCAAGAAGUUGAUCAAGCAGCCCGAGAGGGAUAUCAUGGAGACGCAGAACGUGAGAGAGGUGUUUGACGGCCUGGAGAGGUUCGUCAGCGGGGUCCCCCAGAGGGAAUUCAGAAAGCUAGCCAGUGGUGAGAAGAGGCACAAGCUAUAAGCGCCUGCUUCAUGGCAAUCUGCAUAUCAUGCUUCUUUUAGAUGUAUAUCCUUUCUUUUCUUUGUUUCUCUAAAAACAAAGUCACAGCACUGUAGCUAUGAGGCAUUGCAGGCCCUAUGUAGGGAUUUCAUAUCACUAGCUGAGCAGACCAAAUAACAGGCUGCUCCUCUUCCAGU